UGGAGAAAUUGUUAAAAUUCAUCAAAUAUGAAGAGCAUGAUUGGAAAAUAUGUGCCGAUCUUAAAGUCGUUGGAAUGUUAUGCGGUCUACAAAGUGGCUACACAAAACACUGCUGCUUUCUCUGCAAAUGGGAUAGCCGAGCUCGUAAAGACCACUAUUGCAUUAAGGAUUGGCCGGAAAGAGUUGAAUUUACAAUUGGUGUGGAUAAUAUCAAAUACAUCCCACUUGUAAAGAAGGAAAAAAUCAUUCUUCCGCCAUUGCACAUCAAGCUCGGCCUCAUUAAAAAUUUUGUUAAGGCGUUGGACAAAGAAGGCAAAGCAUUCAAUUAUUUGCAAAAUUUUUUCCCAAAUAUUUCCCAGGCCAAGAUAAAGGAAGGUAUAUUUGUUGGACCCCAAAUAAAAAAGUUGAUAAAUAAUGACCAAUUCAAAGGACUAUUGUCACCAGUUGAGGCAGCAGCGUGGGAUUCCUUCGAAAUGAUCGUUUCUUCUUUUCUCGGUAAACACAAAAGUCCAAACUACGAGAAGAUAGUGAGCGACUUAAUCAAAAAUUAUGCAGAAAUGGGCGUAAAUAUGUCUCUAAAAAUUCAUUUUCUGCAUUCCAAUUUUAGUUUUUUUCCGGCAAAUCUCGGAGACGAAAGUGACGAGCAUGGCGAAAGGUUUCACCAGCAAAUGAAAUUAAUUGAGAAUCGAUACCAAGGUUUCUGGGACGUCGGUAUGAUGGGUGACUACUGUUGGUUUCUCAUAAGAGAAACCGAUCCUAAACUAAAUAAACGACAAAACAAAACACAUAAUCAUUUCGACUAUAAUGUAAGAACAUCAACUUAAGA